ACCAAUCACUCACAAAUUUAAGUCAGUAUACGGUGAUAUCCAAAAGUAAACGAUGGCAAAACGGGUCUCUGAUGGCGAUGAUGUUCCUGCUCCUGUUGGAUUCCCCGCAUUGGCGCCUACAGCAGGUCCUGGUCAGUCUAGUAAGAAAGCGAGGAGAGAGAAUAGUGUCCCAGAGCUCAACAAUGCUUAUAUGAGUACUAAAGGAAAGCUAUUUAAAGAUAUGAAAAGCGCUUGGAGAAAAAUGGAGCCUUUUCAAUCAGAGUUCGCAAAUGUCCUUUUUGAUCCAUUCAUGUGUUGGACUCUUAAGGAUUUCAUUAGUGAGGGCCAGGAAGUGGAGACAGGAAGCAUGGAGACAGGAAGUGGGAGGGGCUAUGUAUCAGAUCUUAAGUCUUCACUAAUGAAAUUGAAAUUUUUUGACAAGAACAACGACCUCUACCAAUUCAAACAAUCACACGAUCUUAAAGAAGCAAAGUCAAUUCAGAUAAAACAAUUUCGGGAUUUAUUAAUAAGUGGUGUACUGCCAUGGUUACGAGAGCUAACUGGUAUUGACCUGUAUGAGACUGUGGAUGCAACUUGUGCUAAAUACGAUUAUACAGAUGUAUUAUUGUGUCAUGAUGAUGAGCUGGAGGGUAGAAGGAUUGCAUACAUAUACUAUCUUGUAGAUCCUUCAUGGGAGAAGAAAGAUGGGGGGACACUUGAUAUAUUCAAUACUGAUGAGUUUGGUCAGCCUCAUCAGAUAGUCCAUUCUAUUGUUCCUUUGUGGAACUCUUUUAUAUUCUUUGAAGUCACUCCAGCCUCUUUCCAUCAAGUAUCUGAAGUGUUGACGGCUUCAAAGACUCGUCUAACAAUCAGUGGCUGGUUUCAUGGGCCGUCAUUGCCUCGCCCAUCUCCUUAUAAGGAAGUCAUGCCAUUAAUGCACCACCCACUGGAUAAACCAUUAGAGGUGUUGGCGGAGUGGGUUAGUCCAGUGUAUCUUGAUGUUGGUACACAAUCACAGAUAAGGGAACAAUUUGAGAGUGAAUCACAAAUUGAAUUACCUGACUUCUUAAUAGAGGAUAAAUAUAAGUUGUUGUGCAAUGACUUAAAUAAAAAGGUAAACAUCUGGGAGAGAAGAGGACCACCUAAUAAAAGAAAUAUUGAAGUUGCCCAACCAGACAAACUGUUACCGUCACCUACUGAAUGUCACUCCCUUUUUCUGUCUGAGCCUUUCUGUCUCCUCCUCUCUCAUCUUACUGGCCUACAGCUAACAUCUCAUACUCUAAACCUCAACCCUAAUGAUGAUGUAUCCAUUAUACCAGAGGGUAAUAACACUCCUUGUAACUGUCAUGGUGACUGGUACCGCUGGCAGCAUGGUGGAUACACACUGAUGAGUGAUAGUGCCAGCACUGUUAAUGGAGAGGAUGCAGAAGAGUUCUCACUUGAAGCAAAGCUAUUUUUUAAUACAGAAGAAUGGACAACUGAGUUUGGUGGCUGUGUAACUUUUAUUGUAAAGGAUGAAGAUGAAGAGCUUCUCACUCUAAAUCCAACUCCUAAUUCAUUACAGCUGGUAUAUAAAAAUGAUGCAGAUACACUUAGUUUUACUAAGUACAUCAAUGUGAGAUCUGAGGAAGAAAGCAAUGGCCAGCUCAUGUGGUAUUCACUGGACACUGUGUAUCAAGAAAACAAUUAAUGUUUUAUUUCAAUUGUUAAUGUCAAUAAUGUGUAUAAUCCUGCAUAGCCAGUCCCUCAUUUCAUAUUCUAGCUUUAUCCAAGCAAUUCAGAUGGCUGCUUGCCCACCAAAA